ACCAUGACCGGCAAGCACCAGCACUUCCAGGAACCCGAGGUCGGCUGCUGCGGGAAAUACUUCCUGUUUGGCUUCAACAUCGUCUUCUGGGGAUGAGAGCCACCUCGAAGGACGGGAUCCCGUCUCCUGCCCCUUUACCUCUCCAGUACCUGGGCCUGCUGCCUCGCCUUAAGCUCCUACAAAGGGGGAGGGUGCUGGGAGCCCUGUUCCUGGCCAUUGGUCUCUGGGCCUGGGGUGAGAAGGGUGUUCUCUCCAACAUCUCGGCGCUGACAGAUCUGGGAGGCCUUGACCCUGUGUGGCUCUUUGUAGUGGUAGGAGGCAUCAUGUCGGUGCUGGGCUUUGCCGGCUGCAUUGGGGCCCUCCGGGAGAACACCUUCCUGCUCAAGUUUUUCUCCGUGUUCCUUGGCCUCAUUUUCUUCCUGGAGUUGGCAACAGGGAUCCUGGCCUUCGUCUUCAAGGACUGGAUUCGAGACCAGCUCAACCUCUUCAUCAACAACAAUGUCAAGGCCUAUCGGGACGACAUUGACCUCCAGAACCUCAUUGACUUUGCUCAGGAAUACUGGUCUUGCUGCGGAGCCCGAGGGCCCAACGACUGGAACCUCAAUAUCUACUUCAACUGCACUGACGUGAACCCGAGCCGGGAGCGCUGCGGGGUGCCCUUCUCCUGCUGCGUCAGGGACCCUGUGGAAGAUGUCCUCAACACUCAGUGUGGCUACGAUGUUCGGCUCAAACUGGAGCUGGAGCAGCAGGGCUUCAUCCACACCAAAGGCUGCGUGGGCCAGUUUGAAAAGUGGCUGCAGGACAACCUGAUCAUCGUGGCUGGGAUCUUUGUGGGCAUCGCCCUCCUCCAGAUCUUUGGUAUCUGCCUGGCCCAGAACCUCGUGAGUGACAUCAAGGCAGUGAAGGCCAACUGGUGAGGCUGCCUCGCUGGCCAUGGCCACUCGCCUGGCUGACCCAGGGACCCCCCCCCCCCGCAACUCUCCCCAUGAUGGGCAAGGCUGCAGGAGGUGUUUCUGCUUGGACCUGAACCCCACAUGGGGCUUGCGUGCCUCUGGGCUGUGCACCCAUGGAGAGAGCUGCAUGGCUCUGCCCGGGCUGCCUGUCCUGUAGCUGUGUGCACGGAGGGUGGGUGUGGCCAGUGGGUGUGCACAGGGAGCCGCCAUCUCAGCUGUUGUUGGGUGGUUGGCUCUCCAGGGGACUAGGACGGGCACAGCUAAGGGGGCAGGCCAGGUGGGGUGGGCUUGGGGCCUGCUGUUGCGUGGGACACAGCCUCAUGUAUCUCAGAGCUCUCUCCACUAGCUGUGACCUUGACCCUGCCAGGAGCCCACUUCAGCCUCAAUGUCUCAGACUCUAAAAUGGGUCCAAGAAUUUUCUCUCCCUUGCUUGCCUCUCAGGAUCAAACAUGAUGACGGCUACAGACUACUCAAAUAAACAAAACCUUGAAAACCACUGGCUUCCGCCCGGCAUCUUGAAGGUUCUGUCAGCUGCAGGUUCUCAGCAGAGCUCUCCAUCUUGGGCCCCAGCCUGGAGCCAUCCGCCAAUGUGUUUUCUUGGCCUGGGUAGUAUAUACAUUUGAGACAACCUGUAAAACUUGGAGUAUUUCACAUAAAAGUCCAGGUCCCCAGCUUCUUGUGAAGAUUGGCCAUCUGGCCACAGCAGCUCUUGGGACAUCGUCUCCUGGGUCAUGUGCUUCCUGUUCUCUGAGGGACCCACCUGGCCUGUGCUGCUCACCCUGUAGGUUGGGGUUGGCCUCCCCACUGCUGUAGGGUUUUUCCCUGCAACCACUGCGAGGCUGCCGUGGGCUAAGCCUGGGGUGAGGCACCAGGAUGUGAAGAAUGGGGAGGCUGGACCCUGCCGUGAAGAGGCCACACAGCCUAGGAGGAGUCCAGCCACACUGGAGACUGAGAUGGGUGCCCAGGAGAGUGGCUGAGGGGUGGAAUGGAGAUCAGGAAUGUUUGGGGAAGGAAGUAGUUGGAAGUUGAAAACUUGGCACACAUGGGGUUGGGGGGAGCCUGCUUUGGGACCCAUGGUGGUUGACACGGGCUCACUUGGAAUCAAAUCAAAACUCUUCAUGGAGGCCUGCAGAGCUGCCUCAUGGCCACCAGAGGGCACACCAGCAAGCUUUGCCUGGGUCUGGCUGCUUCGUCCACAACCUCACUCUGGUACAGCCAAGUGCCUGGUGUGUCCACCCAGCUUACCAGUACUUUGGGUUCAGGGAAUUUGAGAACUUUGAAAGGAGCAACUGGCUCAGACUUGUGAAGUCUGCUGCUCUCAGCUCUGCCUCUUAGCUGCAUGAAGGGGUGUGUGUAGAGUGACUGCCGCACCCAUCCCUAGGGUGCCCUUUGUGGAUAAAAGGGGGGAUUUGGGCUGGUUCACAGAUCUCUUACUCAGAUGCUCUUAAGGUUGUAUAAAUGAAUGAAGUAGGCCUUUGACUUGUGAGGUCUUUGCAGUGCAACUGACUUUCCUACUGUUCCUGAAGACUACACAGAGAGACAUUGCUUUAUAAUGAAAAAUAUUUGGACCAUCAAGUUGACAAUGGCAGCUGACCUUGAGGUACAAUAGAGUGGUGGGGACUGGCAAAGCACAGGUCCCCAUCUGAAGUUGGUGGUUGUCAUUUAGUUGUGGCUAAUUGCUAUAAAGUGGGAAUGCAGGUCUAAUGUCAGAAAUCUGGAGAAGCCAGAGAUCCAGGCUUUUAUGUGAAAUAUUCCUAUUUUUAAGGUGUUGACAACUAAUGAAAAAAAAAUGCUGCAAGCCCAACAAAAGAGGAGGGAGCCAGCUUUGGCCCCUGUGUCACUACGGUUCCCUCUGGGAUAAUCACCCAUUGGGGUCCUGGCUGCUGUGCCAUUCAGGGGUGCUGGGAGCUGCUGCCAGGAGGGGAGGGUGUGGGGUAUGCAACCAGCAUUGUAGCUCCCAGACACAGGCUGGACAGUGUCCUGGGGUCCCUGACACGUACCAGUGGAGUACAAUAAAUGGAGCUCACAA